GAAAAAUUAAAGGAGCUGAGCAUGGCAUGUUAUUAUUUCUCACCAUGUUCAUUCUCGGUUCAAAUUAUGCUUCUACUUGCUAUGUUGUCUUCCAUUCCACUUUCAUGUGCUACACCUUUCAUCAUCCUACAUGGCCUUGGAAUGCAAUGCAAUGAUGAAGCAAGCACUUUUUAUCAGACGUCGCUAAGCAUGUUGGCUGGAAUUAAAGGACCAUGUGUUGAAAUUGGAGGUGGUGCAUAUGAUUCGUGGAGCAUACCCAUAGAACAACAAGUUGAAACUGUUUGUGCCAAGAUUAGGGGAAUGCCAGAGCUUCAACAAGGUUACAAUCUAGUUGGUCUCUCCCAGGGAAAUAUAAUAGGACGAGGUGUGAUUGAGUUGUGUGACAAUGUACCACAAGUGAAGAAUUUCAUAUCAGUAGGUGGUCCUAAUGCCGGUGUUGCUUCAGUUCCUGCUUGCAGUAAUGAGGCUUGGUGUGAUGGUGUAGGUUCUGUAUCUGGAAUGGGAGUCUACUCCGACUACGUCCAAGCUCACUUGGCUCCUAGCGGCUAUACGAAACUUCCAAAU